GGCGAGAGAGGGAAGUGUUGGCUUGUGCUCUUUUGAUUAAAUAAAACCGCAGCCAUGGGUCGCAUGCACGCACCUGGUAAGGGUAUCUCCCAGUCAGCACUUCCCUACAGAAGGAGUGUGCCAACUUGGUUGAAGCUUUCUCCGGAUGAGUGCAAAGAGCUUAUCUACAAACUUGCAAAGAAAGGAUUGUCUCCAUCAAAAAUCGGUGUCAUCCUUCGUGAUUCACAUGGAGUUGCUCAGGUGCGCUUCCGUACUGGCAACAAGAUUCUGAGGAUCGUCAAGAGUAUGGGUCUUGCUCCUGAUAUUCCCGAAGACUUGUAUCAUCUGAUCAAAAAGGCUGUUGCCAUUCGCAAACAUUUAGAGCGUAACCGCAAAGACAAAGACAGUAAAUUCCGUCUCAUUCUUGUUGAAUCGAGAAUCCACAGAUUAGCCAGGUACUACAAGCUCAAGGGUGUUCUAGUACCCACAUGGAAGUACGAAAGUUCCACCGCUAGCGCGCUUGUAGCUUAAUUUUAUAUUUUUUAAAUUCAAUAAACAUUAAAAAUAUACAUAUAA